AGUCUAGCAAGGAAUCAUCAGGCAAAAGCAAAGAUACAGAUCCUAAGUCGAGCUCUAAAAGUACAAAGGCAAGCAAAGAAUCAACGGAUAAGUCUAGCAAUGAGUCAUCAGGCAAAAGCAAAGAGACUGAUCUUAAGUCGAGCUCGAAAAGUACAAAGGCAAGCAAAGAAUCAAUGGAUAAGUCUAGCAAGGAGUCGUCAGGCGAAAGCAAAGAGACUGUUCCUAAGUCGAGCUCUAAAAGUACAAAGGCAAGCAAAGAAUCAGCGGAUAAGUCUAGAAAGGAGGCAUUGGGCACAAGCAAAGAGACUGAUUCGAAAUCAAGCUCUGAAAGUACAAAGGCAA